CCGGCCGUUUUCAAGAGUCCUUGGUGGAACUUGGUGGUUGCGUGUGAUGAAACGUUAGAAUUACCGAUUAAUUGUCAAGUGCCAUAUAUAAUAAGCAAAAAAUAUGUCAGGACACGUCGAUAUUGAUCCGGAAGAUACUAUUACGGUCUUAGUAGCCACGGAUAUUCAUCUCGGUUUCAAUUACAGUAAAAAGAAAGGUGGAAAUUCCGAUGAUAGUUUUAUUACAUUCGAAGAAAUAUUAAAGUAUGGCAAGGAUAACGAAGUGGAUUUUAUUUUGCUUGGCGGGGAUCUGUUUCAUGAUACUAAACCUUCGCAAACCACGUUACUUAAGUGCGUGGAAUUGCUGCGAAAAUAUUGUCUGGGUACCAGGGAAUGCAAGCUGGAAUUCUUGAGUGAUUCAGAAUUGGUAUUUCGACAUUGCGCACAAAAACAUGUGAAUUAUGAAGAUCCCAACUUGAACAUCUCAAUGCCAAUAUUUACUAUCCAUGGAAAUCAUGAUGAUCCAAACUUUGGUGCUGUUGGUUCAAUGGAUAUACUGUCAGCUACUGGAUUUGUGAAUUACUUUGGAAAAUGGACAGAUCUUAAUCGAGUGGUUGUACCUCCUAUAAUUUUGAAAAAACAUAACACACAUGUUGCACUUUAUGGCUUGAGUUACAUCAAUGAUCAAAGAUUGUCCAGAUUGUAUAGGGAUGAGAAGGUGGAAUUAUUACGUACGAAAGACAUAGAGCCUUUCAACAUAUUUGUCUUACAUCAGAAUCGUGUUAAGCAUGGCGAUUAUGCUUAUGUACCAGAAAGCAAACUGCAUAAAUGGCUCCAUUUAGUUAUUUGGGGCCAUGAGCAUGAAUGUCGCAUUUCCCCUGAAUUUAAUGUAGAGGGUGGAUAUCACAUUUCCCAACCAGGAAGCUCCAUUGCUACCUCUUUGUGCGAAGGUGAAUCAAAGCCCAAACAUGUGGGUCUCUUAAAAAUAAAUAAGAAACAGUUUAAAAUGAAAAGUUUAAAACUAAAGAGUGUUCGACCAUACAUCUUUGACAACAUGAUUCUUUCCAGUCAUGACAUUAAAAUAGGGGAUUGUGUCUCGGUAGCAGAUUCUGUAAGCCAAUAUGUAGAUAGAUAUAUUGAAAAUGAGCUGAUACCUAAAGUAGCUGAGCAGUUUACAGGAUAUCCUGAUCAACCGCAUCAACCUUUAAUUCGAUUGAGAAUACUUUAUGAAGAUGAUAAUGAACAGUUUGAUACACUAAGUUUGGCACAAAAAUAUUGUGAUGAGGUUGCUAAUCCAAUGGAAAUGAUUAUAUUUCGUAAAAUGAAAAAAGAAGAAAAAGUAAAAUUCGCUAUUAAUGGUGAACUUGAUGAUUUGGACGAUAUUUCAGAAUUAUUUCAUGGAGAUCUAGAACAGGAUUGGACUAGCACAGUGCCAGGAGGAAUUAAGAAGUAUUUUGAUAAGGAAGAAAAUAGAGAUAAGUUAACAGUGUUGACUGUAACAGCAUUAAACGAAGCAUUGAGUCGCUUUGUUGAUCGAGGCGACAUAGAUGCCUUUAGAAAUAUCGUAAGAGAUCAAAUGAAAAGAACCAUCGAAUAUGUGAAAGCACAAGAUGUCAAAACGCCGCAAGAGAUUAAUGAAGAAAUAAAAAAUUUCCGCGAUAAAAGACUUUCGGAAGAACAAGAGGAACAGAACAAUGCUAUAAAAGCGUUGAAUAAUCCCUUGCAAAAGAAUGCUCCAAAAAGGACUCAACAAAUGCGCUUAUCAGAUCUGACAAACAGUGAUGAUGAUGAUAAUGAAGAUUUAACUUUGAUAUCAAAGAGUAAAGGGAGAGGUAGGGGCACCUCCAGAGGUGGUAGAGGAUCCAGAGGAAGCCGUGCUAGAGGAAAAGCUGAUAAUCCCAGAGGUGCACAGUUGAAGAAAAGGAAUAGCGAACAAUGCAUUGUGAUAGACGAUUCCGAUUAAUUAUUAAACAUUAUUAUUAAGAAUAUUAUUAAGCGUUUUAUGAGAGAAAUCCUAUGCGUAUGAAGAACAUACGUAUUUUUAUUUGCAGAGAUUUUUAAUUUUUUUAUAAUUAUGUAUAAGUAAAUAUUACUUUUUAUUAUAUGU